UAUUACACCAAUGAAAGCACUCUUAAUUACUAAAUUAAUUACGUUAUAUUUGAGGCAACUAGUUUAUGGGUGAAGUUAAUAUCAAAAUACGUCCAUGAGGUCAUUACAGAGAAACAAAAUCCGUUUUUGACUUGAGGAAGAAUGUCCCUCCUGAUGCGCCGUAUAGGCGACUCAUGGCUACGAGGGAUCAUGUUGAAGGUGACAGGUAGACUCAUGGCCGGAGCCUUAACCUUGUGGCCGUCCACCGUCUGCGCCGCGGCGGCUGAUGCAAAGAAGUCCACUCCCGCCAAGAUAAACUGGGAAGAGCUCUCGCUGUACGCUUCGCCGCAACAAGAUAAAACCGCGUCGGAGGAGCCCAAAACCGGGCACAUGGAGCAGGGUGCCGCCACCUUGCGGAUGUUCGCGGAGCCUUACACGGCUUGGUGUCGGACCACGUACGAACGCGUUGAACCCAAAGUUCAAAAUGUGGUUCGGCAAGGGUGCGACGCCUGGGCGUUUCUGAAAGACCCGCCGGGAGAGUUCUACGCGCGGGCUGGAAUCAUCGGUUUGACCGGCGUGCUUGGGCUGCUCCUCGCCAGACGCUCGCGGGUGAAGAGAGUCAUCUACCCGGCGGCCCUGAUGACCACAAGUGCCUCCCUGUAUUACCCGGAUCGGGCAGCAGUCAUCGCCAGGUCCGCCGGGGACACCCUGUACGAGGGCGCCGUGCACGGCUACGCCACCCUGGAGAGUAUCAUAAAGCCUGCAAGCAAGGCCGAUCAAGGAGACAACUCGAAGGGUAAACACUGAGGGUCGCCAAAGCAUAAAGACGCCAGCAACUGAAACAACUUGGCGUUCUUGUUUAUGCCUACAUUUUAUAACAUGAAAACUCAGGCUGGACUUUUACAAUGUAUAUUUAUGCAGAAAAUGAAUAAUAAACCAAGACUUUAAAUUCUUGGUAGCCAGAGUGCAGUGUUACUCAAAAAAACAUUGUAGUUGGUGUGCAUAAAAAUGUCACCCUCAGAAUCAGUAAUGUAUUGAUACUACCACAUUAAAUAUCAAGUUUCAGUACAAUGAAAUCUAAUAAAGAAUCAUAGCUAUACACUUUGUAGAUCGUUUUCAUACAUAAAUACAAUAGAAUAGCUUUAUUGUCAUUACUAUUUGGGUAACAGUCGACAGAGUCUGAUAGUGAAUUGACAUUACUUAGAAACUUUCAUGCAUUUUGUCACAAAUGAUUCCACAUGACACUGAAACUUAUGCAUUCCGGCAAUAUUUAGCCUUUAUUCAUAUUUGAAAACAAAAUUUCGAUAUAAAAAUUAAAUAGCUGUGCCUCAAAGUAGCACAAGCUUCUCAUUGAGGGCGAUCUGCGCUUGGGUAAGGUUGGACAGGUACGUCACCAUCAGGAGAUCCUGCAAGAAAACACCGAACAUCGAGUAACUUCACGUAAUGGUUUGAAUUCAAUUUUGGCAUAAAAUGUUAUAAAGCCAAAAAGAGGAACACAAACAUACGUUGAUGUUAGAAUUAAUCAUGUUUUCAAAGUCCUCUGCUGAGAUGGUGGGCACCUUGUUGACCAGGUCCAUUAGGAAUCGGCCCACGCUGUUGUCUGCCGUCGCCUUCCCAGACUGAGGUGUGACAAGUUGAAACAUUUUAUGGAAUGACUGCGAUCAUAAAAUUAUAAAACGUAUGCCUGCUUAUACAUAAUAUGAUUUGUUUUGUUUUGCUAAGAUCAUUCACCAAUUUCCUAUUGGUAUAUACGUAUGGUGGACUAAA